GGCGGGGCUUGGGGCCAGUGAGGUGGAAUCUGGUACCCCAGGACUGCUGCAGCCCAGACUAACCAACCCGCUGGGAGAGAUGCCUGGGGGUCCCGGAGUCCCCCAAGUGCCGUGUGCUACUAUCUUUCUCCUCUUCCUAAUCUCCGCUGUUGGUCUGGGCCCCGGCUGCCAGGCCCUGUGGGUGGAUGGGGGCCCACCAUCAGUGACCGUCAGCCUGGGGGACACCGUCCACCUCCAGUGUCUGCACAAUGGCAGCGGGCCGGACAGCACCCUCAACGUCACGUGGUGGCGUGUCCUCCAAGGCAAUGCCACGUGGCCCGAUAUAUUCUGGAGCCGCGGUGAAGGCCCCAACGGCGAGCUGACCAUCAGCACCGUGAACAAGAGCCACAUGGGCAUGUAUAGGUGCCAGGUGGAGGAGAAAGUCCCCAACAGCAAAGUCCUCAACUUCCUGCAGUCCUGUGGCACCUACCUCCGCGUGCGCGAGCCACUCUCCAGACCUUUCCUGGACAUGGGAGAGGGCACCAAGAACAAUAUCAUCACGGCCGAGGGCAUCAUCCUGCUGUUCUGUGCUGUGGUACCUGGGACACUGCUGCUGUUCAGGAAACGAUGGCAGAAUUUGAAGUUCGGGGUGGACGUCCAGGAUGACUAUGAAGAUGAAAACCUUUAUGAGGGCCUGAACCUUGAUGACUGCUCCAUGUACGAGGACAUCUCCCGGGGCCUCCAGGGCACCUACCAGGAUGUGGGCAGCCUCCACAUCGGAGACGGGGACGUCCAGCUGGAGAAGCCCUGACCCUGAAGGCUGCCCCAACCGGCUGUGCUGCCAGCCCCUGUGCCCCCCACCCCACCCCUUCCUGUUCUCUUUUCACAAAAUCUUCCCUGGGAGUGUCCUGACUCAACUUCCCCCUUGGGGGUAUCCACUCUUCUUCCCUCUCGACUGUCCUCAUCCCCUCCCCACACCCCAAUUCAGUUCUCCCGCUGCCUGCCCCGCCCCAGCCUCCCCCUACACCCAGCGGGUAAUGAGCCCUUAAUCGCUGCCUCCAGGGGAGCUGAUUGUAGAGCCUCGUUAGUGUCACCUCCCCCUCCCUGCUCUGUCAUGGCCACUUAGUGAUAAUAAAUCCUUCCCAACUGCA